GCAAAAAAAAAUAAUAAUUUUUAAAAAUAAAUAUUGUAAAUAAUUGUGCUAGUAUACUAUAAUUUGUGAUCAUGAAUGAAAAUAGACUUGCAUAAGCUCUUAUGUUCUAAACUGUAAUCAAAAUUAGGAGACGUUAGGGGCUGGAGCGACAGCACAGUGGGUAGGGCCGCCUUGCAUGGGUUCGAUUCCCGGCAUCCCAUAUGGGGCCCAGAGCACCGCCAGGAGUAAUUCCUGAGUGCAGAGCCAGGAGUAACCCUUGUGCAUCACCAGGUGUUACCCAAAAAGAAAACAAAAUUAGGAGACAUUAAAUAAAGGCAAUUAGAGGACGCCCCCAAAGCCUCUGUCCCUCUUGAAGAACCUGGCAAGCUAUUAAGAGUAUCCUGCCCACAUGGCAGAGCCUGGCAAGCUACCCGUGGCGUACUCGAUAUGCCAAAAACAGUAACAAUAAUGGUCCUCAUUCCCCUUAAAGAGCCCCCAGUACGCCAUCGGGCUACACUAGCACGCGAUAGGGACGAAUGGAGAUGUUACUGGCACCUGCAUGAGCAAAAUUGAUGAACAAUGGAAUGACAGUAAUACACUGCAAAGUUCUUUAGCACAUGUAAAACCCGUGUUUGAUCCCCAGCACAGGUAAAAAACAAGAUUUUUUUUUUUUCCUGGAUCAUACCCAGUGUUUUUCAGGAUAUACAGAAUAUAAUGGCUUUCUACCUAAGAAUCACAUCUGGCAGUGCUUGGUGGACCUUAUGGGGUGCCAGUGUUCAAACCCUGAUUAACUGUGUACAAGGCAAACACCCAACGAGCUGUAUUAUAGCUUCAGCUCCAAGACAAACAUUUCUUUGGGGGUAAAAUAGGAUCUUCUGAAUGAGAUGGUAUCAGAGUGGGUGACUGGAUAGACCCCAGAAUCUAGACAAAUAUAUAUCAUUCUAUCACUGUCAUCCAUUUGUUCGUCGAUUUACUCAAGUGGGCACCAGUAACGUCUCUAUUCCUCUCAGUUCUGAGAUCUUAGCAGCCUCUCCUUACUCGUCUUUCCCAAUGAUUGGAGGCUCUUUCAGGGUUAGGGGAAUGAGACCUAUCGUUACUGUUUUUGGCAUACUGAAUAUGCCACGGGUAGCUUGCCAUGCUCUGUCUGUGCGGGUGAGAUACUCUCGGUAGCUUGGCGGGCUCUCCAAGAGGUAUGUAUGUUUCUGUUACUGUAUUUGGGAUAUGAAUACACCAUGGGGAACUUUCCAGGCUCUACCAUGCGGGAAAUAAACUCUCGGUAGCUUGCCAGGUUCUCCAAGAGGGAGAACUGGGCUAAAAGAUGUUGCGUGGCCACUUUGCGACCACACGCUUCCAGGAGCUUGGUUUUAUAGUCUCUGGAUGUUGGCUGUUGAUGGGAUUACAUGGUGCUGGGGCAGUUUCUGGGUGUGACUGCCUAGCUACUGGAAAAUGGAGAAUCAGAGUGGAAGAGCCCAGUCCUGAUCUAAGCAGCCUUGGAAAUCUCAGCCCUGGGUCCCACACACCUGGGUUCUUCUGCUGGUUCCUUCAUGCAUGAGGCUUGUCCAAAUGUGUACGUACACACACACACACACACACACACACACACACACACACACACACACACACACGGUAUUCCUGGCUUGCACUCAGGAAUUAUUCCUAGGGGUACUACAUGGGAUGCUGGGGAUCAAGCUGGGUCAGCCAUGUGUAAGGAAGACACAUCCCUCCCUGCCCUAUGGCUCAGUCCCAGAAACAUGUGCUUUUGAAAGCGCCAACAGGGUCGGGACUGUCUCCCCAGGGUGGGCUCUCGGGGUCUCUGCCUUUCAACUGGCCACAAACUCCUAUAACCUCUCCCAGGCCCCUCAUCCAUGUCCCCUGGGGAGAAGUAUGGCACACAUUGUGGAAUACAGGGAUGGGAACCUCACAGACUGAUUGGGGUCUGGUCCCGGGCCAGAGCCACCUAUGCACUGCCCCCCAACUUCUGGAGAAUCCCCUGGCAGUUGAGGGUUUUCUUUCAAACUGGUUGCCGGGUGGGGGUGCAGGGGGGUUCUGAUGACAUCAGGGCUUCCGGCUGUGCUGAUUGGUAGGUCCCAGACCUCCAGAAUCUGAAGCGCAACUAGGCAACAGUAGCCUUUGGUUUGAGUCCCCAAAGCCUUGUCGGCUCAGCUCCUCGACGGCAGCACUGCCAUUAUUGAGGGAGAAUUUGAGCUAUCAGGCGAGAGCGUGGACCUGGCAUGGCCAGCCUUAGGCAGAGUCCUGGGUCUGAGCCCCAGAGCCCUCAGUCCAGCACCUCGGGGUACCCCCUGGAGGUGUCACUAGAGGACAUGAUGCCGGGACCUUCAGGUAGGUACUGGGGCCUGAGCAGCAGAAGUGGUGGGGAGAUACCGAGAGGUUGGAAGGAGCGGCACACAACAGGCUCUUGGGAUGUGUGGGAGGAGGUGGAGAAAGGAGAAGUUUGGGGGUCUGAGGGUACAUGGACGGGUGAGGAACUCCUGGGACUGAGUCUGGUCUCUCCCUCAGAGUCCUACGGGGGCCCCUGGGCCCUUGCUGGUGACCUCAAGAGGAAGAGGGAGCAACUGCUCUAUGAAGAGGAGUUGGAAGAGGAGGAGGAGGAAGAGGAGAGCCCUGGAGUACUGGACAUGCUGAUGCAAGCAGGUGUGUCACCCCGAGGCCAGAAGAGGAGGAUGUGGUCAUUGCCGGAGGUGGAAGAGGAGCAGGGGGAGCCGGUGGUGGAGCAGGAGGAUGACCUGGAGAAGGUAGAGGAGCAGGAGGACCCAGAGGAGCCGGAGAAAGUGGAGGAGGAAGAGAAGGAGCAGGAGGAAGAUGAAGAAAAGGGGGACACAGCCUCCCAGGCUCCGCAGAGUGGGCUUCAGUCCGGCCCCCGGCCUCAGGGUGGUGUUCGGAGGAAGAGGGAUCCUUCGGAGGAGGAGGAGCAGCAGGAGGAUGAGGAGCAGCCAUCUGGGCUGUGCAGGAAGCGGCGGCGACAGGAGAGCCCAGUGCUCCCUGAGCACCACCAAGUCUUCCGCAAGCUGCUGGAGGAUCCCGUGGUGAGAAGAUUCCUGGCCUGGGACCGAAGCCUGAUGGUCUCUGAUAAGUACCUGCUGGCCAUGGUCGUCGCCUACUUCAGCCGCUCUGGCCUCUUCUGCUGGCAGAUCCGUCGCAUUCACUUCUUCCUGGCACUCUACCUGGCCAGCGACAUGGAGGAAGACAACCAGGCGCCCAAGCAGAGCAUCUUCGCCUUCCUGUACGGCCAGAGCCGCCUGCAGCGGCCUCUGUUCCACCGGCUCCGGCUCCAGCUGCUGCGCUCCAUGGGCUGGAGAGCCUGGGUGACCCGCGAGGAGUGCGAGCAGAUCCAGGCCUAUGAGCCUGAGCUGUGGGUGUGGAGCCGAGACCGUGCCAGGCUGACCUAGAGCCUGGCCAGGAGGCGGGGUGCGGGCCGAGGGGGUAAGUGGGGCCCUGGGGUGCAGACCAGAGCCAGUCUGCUGGGGAAGCCCUGGGGACUGCUGGUGCCUGGGCCUCAUCUCCUCCUGCUUAGCCAUUGGAGCCUGGUGCUGGCACCCAGCAUGCUCACGCCUGCUUCCCCGGGGUGAUGGAGAGGUGGGGGGGGGCCCAGCUGGACCCCCAGAGGUCCUGUUCCUGGCACUGAGAUCACCCUCGGGUCAAGGCCGAGAGGCUUUAGAAACAGAGACGGAAGCUGGGUUCAGGGUGAGGGAAGGUCCACAUCCCCUCAGACUGUCAAUGAUCUUUUCCAUCCAUCCAGGGCCUGCCCGUGCCCAGAACAUCGCCACCAAGACUGUCAUCAGAUGCCCCAGACACCGGAAAACUGGCCCAGGGUCAGAAAGAAAUUCAUCUACAAGCAGCUAAUGGUGCCUGGGUUACAGG